GAAAUAAUACAUAUGGAAUAAUGUAGUAACCAAAAAAGUAUUAAACAAAUCAAAAUAUAUUUGAGAUUCUUCAAAUAGCCACCCUUUGCCCUGAUGACAGCUUGGCAUUCUCUCAACCAGCUUCACCUGGAAUGAUUUUCCAGCAGUCUUAAAGGAGUUCCCACAUAUGCUGAGCACUUGUUGGCUGCUUUUCCUUCCCUCUGCGGUCCGACUCAUCCCAAACCAUCUCAAUUUAGUUGAGGUCGGCUGAUUGUGGAGGCCAGGUCAUCUGAUUCAGCACUCCAGCACUCUCCUUCUUGGUCAAAUAGCCCUUACACAGCCUGGAGGUGUGUUGGGUCAUUGUCCUCUUGAAAACAAAUGAUAGUCCCACUAAGCCCAAACCAGAUGGAAUGGUGUAUCGCUGCAGAAUGCUGUGGUAGCCAUGCUGGUUAAGUGUGCCUUUAAUUUUAAAUAAAUCACAGACAGUGUCACCAGCAAAGCACCCCCACACUAUAACACCAUCUCCUCCAUGCUUUAUGUUGGGAAAUACACAUGCAGAGAUCAUUCGUUUACCCACACCACAUCUCACAAACACACGGCGGUUUGAUCCAAAAAUCUCACAUUUGGACUCCAGUCCAAAGGACAAAUGUCCGCCGGUCUAAUGUCCAUUGCUCGUGUUUCUUGGCCCAAGCAGUCUCUUCUUAUUGGUGUCCUUUAGUAGUGGUUUCUUUGCAGUAAUUUGACCAUAAAGGCCUGAUUCACACAGUCUCCUCUGAACAGUUGAUGUUGAGAUGUCUGUUACUCUGAAGCAUUUAUUUAGGCUGCAUUUUCUGAGGCUGGUAACUCGAAUGAACUCAUCCUCUGCAGCAGAGGUAACUCUGGGUCUUCCAUUCCUGUGGUGGUCCUCAUAAGGGCCAGUUUCGUCAUAGCGCUUGAUGGUUUUUGCGACUGCACUUGAAGAAACUUUCAAAUUUCUUGAUAUUUUCCGUAUUGACUGACUUUCAUGUCUUCAAGUAAUGAUGGACUGUCAUUUCUCUUUGCUUAUUUGAGCUGUUCUUGCCAUAAUAUGGACUUGGCCUUUUACCAAAUAGUAUCACCCCCUACCUGGUCACAACACAACUGAUAUGCUCAAACGCAUUCAGAAGGAAAGAAAUUCUACAAAUGAACUUUUAAGAAGGCACACCUGUUAAUUGAAAUGCAUUCCAGGUGACUACCUCAUGAAGCUGGUUGAGAGAAUGCCAAGAGCGAAAAGCUGUCAUCAAGGCAAAGGGGGCUACUUUGAAGAAUCUGAUUUGUUUAAAACUUUAUUUUGGUUACUACAUGAUUCCAUAUGUGUUAUUUCAUAGUUUUGAUGUCUUCACUACUAUUAUACAAUGUAGAAAAUAGUAAAAUAAAGAAACCCUUGAAUGAGUAGGUGUUCUAAAACUUUGGACCAGUAGUGUAUAUUUGCAAAAUAAGUAUUACGUGAGUCAAUAUGACUAACAAUAUUGACACUAUCAAAUGGUGUUUACUGUACAUACUGAGACAGCCCCCUCAUUUGAAUGUUUUAUUCUGAAAAGUGGAAUAGUCUUAUCGAAUGGUGGGUCUCCAAUAAACGUACAUACUACUUGGUUUCUUCCAGCACACCAAUAAGCUCUUUCUGAGCGAGCAGGCCACUGGUGUCCAGCUCAAGGAGUUUGUACGCAAAAAUGCAGCCAAUGCUCUGUCUAUGGCCAACAUGCUUAUGGGCAUGGCCUCUAUUCUCUGCAGCCUGAACGGAUUCCGUCUCUCACAGUUGAAGUGUACCUAUGAUAAAAAAUUACAGACCUCUACAUGCUUUAAUUGUUUGGUGAGCUACUCAAAGGUGAGCUGGGCUGUGAACUACUGGUAGCUCACGAUCAACCUGUUGGAGACCCCUGCCUUAGACACUGUCGUGCUUGGAAAAACCCAGGAUGCCGGCCGUUUCUGAGAUACUGGAACUGGCACACCUGCCACUGACAAUCAUACCAUGCUCAAGCCACCAACAUGCUGCCUGCUGGCUGGUCCUGAUUGGCUACCUGCUGGACUUGGCAGACGGGGCAGUUGCCAGGCGACUGGAUGCAUGCUCUGCACUAGGUGCUAAACUGGAUGAUUUUGCAGAUUUCACAACCUUUGGGAUUGCAACUUCAUUGCUCCUGAGGACACAUGCCUUAAUGGACAACAUCCUGUGCAUGUGCUAUGUCCUGUCUGUGAUUGUCCGACUCUGCUUCUUCUCCAGCGGCAUCCCCUUCAUGUACCGUGGCCUGCCAUGUAUCUACUCUUCUGCCAUCCUUGCCUGUCUCUCCCUGUUGACCGGAGGUAACAUGGUGAUCCUGCGGGUCACUGCUGUGGCCAUGAUCCUCUUCAUGGUCAACCAGGGAUUCUACCCUCACGACAGGGUCCUGGAGUCACAGGCCUGGAAGAAGGUGGUCUACGCUGGAGGAGUUGUCAUCGUGUUCUGUUCCUCUUUCCCUCCGGCAUGUGUGUACUACCUGUUGUGGUCUGUGUCCUACAUUUUGUUCCCAACAACACUAUGGAGCUGCAAAGUGUAGUAGGCAUUAAAGGCCUUGCUACAAAUUCACACUCGCACAUGGCUUGUCAACAGGCUGUCCAGUGGGGUUAACUAAAGCGCCCAGACUGCUGCUGCCUACAGAGGAUCGAAACAGGACGUAAGAGGACGUUGUAAUGUUUUUGUAAGAUUGAACUGCCUUCUUCAUCAUGAACACUUGAUGGAUACUGUACCUUAGCCAUUUUGUUUUUGAAUAAGAUAGGGUUUGGGUAUCUGUAGCUAUUAUGUUUGUACAAUACAACUGCAGAGUCGUACUGUACUGCCUAGUGUGUGUGUGUGUGUGUGUGUACUGUAUCAUCCUUAUGCACAAAUUGUGCUUGAGAUUACUUCAACAAUAAUACAAAAAAAGUAUUUUCAGUCAUUAAUAAAGUCAUUGAGUAGCAGUUUUUACUGUAAAGAAUAAGAAAAUGUCAACAGUUUUUGCAGUAAAAAAAAACAUGGCCCCCUUUUUAUUUUUCUGAACAUAUAUUCAAACUAGAUUCAAACAUGCUUUCAAUUUGUAAGAUAUUUGUAAUACAAAAAAAAGUUUCAUUAUAUUGCAGAUACAAACCAAGUCAAUUAAAUCAUGUUUUUUAAAUUAUGGAAGACACUACCAUCUCGAGAUCUUAUGUUCUACUGUACUUAAAAUAACUACCAAAGUGAUUGUACAUAAGAAUUGUGUGUGGAUAUGGGAUUGUUGAGAAAUAUAGUUUUUUUAUUUUCCCAUCAACUGCAUUCUUUAAUUGGAAUAGUAUUUUUUUCUUCCUUAAAAUGUUCUAGCCAUUUUCAGACAAGAUUAGUUUGCUUUUAUUGCUAGCAAAAUGUAAUCGUGCUUUAAUUUAAGACAAUUGGGACAAUUAAGCAUUUUUUUCUUCUUUUGGCUCUAUACUUGGUUUGGAUUUGAACUCAAACAAUGACUAUGAGGUUAAAGUGCAGACUGCCAGCUUUAAUGUGAAGGUAUUUCAUCCAUACUGGGUGAAUUGUUUAGAAAUGACAUCACUUUUUCAAAAACAAAAAAUUCCUGUGUGUAGUAAAACAUUACAUUUUUGGUCCCAUAUUUGUAGCACGCAAUAAUUACAUCAAGCUUUUGACUCUAAAAAAUGUUGGAUGCAUUUGCUGUUUUGUUUUGGUUGUUUCAUAUGGUUUUGUGCCCAAUAGAAAUGAAUGGUACAUGAUGUAUUGUGUCAUUGGAGUCACUUUUCCUGUGAAUAGAAAUGUUUCUAAGCACUUGGUAGAACACAUUGUAGCACAGAUAAUCCUGAAUGAGUCGUGAAUAAAAAUGAUAACCGCCCCUGUUAUUGUAAUGGUGAAAGUUUAGCAUGUCUUGUGGGGUCUGAUACUUUUUCACUCAUUAUUCAUGGUUCAUUCGGGAUUAUCUGUAAUCGUGGUAGCAUCCACAUUGAUAUAGAAGUGUUUAGAAACAUAUUAUUUUCAAUAAAAGUCAAACAAAUUACACAAUACAUUAUUUACCAUUAAUUUCUAUUGGGCAGAAAAUAAUCUGAAACACAACUAAAACAAAGAGCAAAUACAUCCAACAAAAUUGUUAUUGAAUAUGGGACCAAAUAGUACUUUUUACUACUUUAAUACACAAGUGAAUUUGUCCCUCCCAUUUUAGGGGAGCAGUGUACAAAAAGUCCUGUCAUUUCUAAACGGUGAACCUGCUAUGGAUUACCCACCCACCACCAGCAUGGCUUUGUUUAUGAUUUAGAAACCGCUGCAAAAGUUAUUCAUCUUGGACCAUGUUGAGCCAAACAGUCCUCUGUCCACUUGACUGCCUGAACCAUGGAGCACAUACUUGUUUUAUUUUACCAUACAAUUAUCACAAGCCAUUGGAUAAUUUUGUCAUUUACCAUACAAUUAUCACAAGCCAUUGGAUAAUUUUGUCAAUUUUCGCUGUAUUAUAUAUAUAUAUAUAUAUAUGGUAUAUUGCGUGAUAUGUUAGCAUUUCGCAAACCCGCUACCACUGUCACCCCAAGAUGAACGGUUUUGAUUCACUACACGCUUCACUGCUUUGAUUGGUGUAAUGUUGGCAAGAAACCACAAAUGUCUAUACAGAUAAUGAAAAUGGACCUGCAAAAAAUAAUUUUAGGAACUUCUAGACGAAUUGGUUGUUUAGCCAAUAAACCGCUGCGUGCGCAACUAUGGGGUAUAAUAGACGGGGUUAGCUUAGAUUGUUGACAAAACUAUAUUUCAUCUCCAAUGUUUAUUGAAAACAUAAAUACAUUUGCACAAUGAA